GUGCGCGGGCAAUGCACCAAGCGAGCGAGUAACCGCCAUGUAUCGUUGAAAAAAUCUCCCUUUGGUUUUACUACGGAGCCACGUAAUAGGCUCGCUGUUAUAAAUUGUUGCGCAAACAGUGACUCUGGGCGCACGUUUCCCCACGCAAGCCUCUCCUGCACCCGCGUCGCACCCGAUGACAUCCCCCACUUUCUCUCACUAACCCAACCCGCCUUGGAUCACCGAGCGAGCAUCUCACGCGGAUCGGAUCUGAGCAAUCAACUAUAAAUACACCACUUCCGAUCACGACGCUUUCAACCACCAAACCCUUCUUCUUUUUCUUCUUCAAGUACAUUCAUCGCUACCUUUUUUCCUUUUUCUAGGGUUCUUCCUUUUUCUCCGUGAUUCUUGUCGCAUUCUCUGCGAUGGAGUCUCGCGACAGAACCGUGUUCGUGUUCCUGCUCGCGGAAUUUCGAGACUUCGAUUGAAAAUUCUGCCGUUUUCCGCGAACGAGUGGCUUUCCCCUCUCGGAUAUGGCGGCUUCUCCUGUCAACUUCCUCUUCGGAUUCUUGCUGCUCUCGAUUACAUUGUGGCUCGUGUUCAUAAUCCUUGGCUGCACAAAUAUUUUUCAAUGCAAGGUUCGAGGUGUGCACAACAUAAGGAGUCCAAUAGAUGUUUUGCUUCUGGGUUGCUGGCUUGGAUUCUGAGCCGGAUUUUGGGAGCAUCUGUUGGAUUUCGUGUUGGUGGAUGGAAAUGUUUACGGGAUGUGGUGGUGAAGUUUAAAAAGGGUGCCAUUGAAUCUGUUUCUGUUGGUGAAAUUAAACUCAGCUUACGACAGUCCCUGGUUAAACUUGGUGUGGGUUUCAUAUCUCGGGAUCCCAAGCUACAAGUGUUAAUAUGCGACCUAGAAGUUGUUAUGAGGCCUUCAAAUAAAAGCCCAGGGAAGAAGAAAACUAGGAAAUCUCGUGCUUCAGGCAGGGGAAAGUGGAUGAUUGUGGGCAAUAUUGCAAGAUAUUUGUCAGUUUGUGUGACUGAUCUGGUUCUGAAGACACCAAAAUUUACUGUUGAGAUCAAGGAAUUGAAUGUGGAUAUAUCUAAAGAUGGAGGAUCCAAGUCAAAUUUAUUAGUUGGACUGCAAAUAUUGCCUAUUUUUGUUCACAUUGGUGAACCUCGAGUUAGCUGUGACUUUUUAUCCAAUUUAAGUGGUGGAGGAUGCAGUUCUUCUGGCCAGGCAUCCAUUACUGCUUUAGAAAGGUCUUCAGCUCCUUUUAUCUGCGAAAUGUUCUCUGUCUCAUGUGAAUUUGGUCAUGAUAGGGAAGUGGGUAUAGUUAUUAAGAAUAUGGACAUUUCCAGUGGAGAGAUGACUGUGAAUUUGAACGAGGAGUUGCUUUUGAAGAGCAAGAGUCCAUCAAAGUCUUCUCCUGGUUCUGACAGUAAAGCAGGGUCACAUGCUGAUUCUGCAAGCACAAAAAUGCCAUCAAAGAAGCAGCAAACGCUUGCAGCUUUCUCCAAGUUCAGCUCUAUGUUUCCUGAAAAGGUCAGCUUCAAUCUACCAAAGCUGGAUGUGAGUUUUGUGCAUCGUGAGCAUGGUCUUUCUGUUGAAAACAACAUCAUGGGCAUCCAAUUGAAAAGCACCAAAUCACGAUCCACUGAGGAUCUUGGGGAGAGUACACGCCUUGAUUUCCAACUGGAGUUUAGUGAAAUUCAUCUUCUUAGAGAAGCUGGUUCUUCCAUUUUGGAGAUAUUGAAGUUGGAUUUGAUCUCUUUUGUAUAUAUCCCGAUACAGAUGCUUCCUCUGCUUCAGCCAAUAUCACCUGUUAGAGCUGAAACCGAAGUCAAGCUAGGAGGUACUCAGUGCAACAUCAUAAUGAGCAGGUUAAAGCCUUGGUUGUUCCUCCACUCGUCUAAGAAGAAAAAAAUGGUACUUCAAGAAGAAGCUUCUGUUGUUGCAAGACCUCAAUCAACCGAUGGCAAGACUGUCAUGUGGACAUGCAAUGUCUCAGCUCCUGAGAUGACAAUAGUGCUUUUCAAUAUGGCUGGUUCUCCAGUGUAUCAUGGUUGCUCACAAUCAUCACAUCUGUUUGCAAACAACAUUUCAAAUAUGGGGACUACAGUACACACUGAACUUGGAGAGUUAAAUCUCCACUUGGCUGAUGAAUAUCAAGAAUGCUUGAAAGAAAGUGUUUUUGGUGUGGAAUCAAAUUGUGGCUCCAUUAUGCACAUUGCAAAGGUUAAUUUGGAUUGGGGAAAAAAGGAUGUGGAAUUAUCUGAAGAAGAUGGUCCUAGGUGUAGACUAGGUUUAUCAAUUGAUGUUACUGGCAUGGGUGUAUAUAUAACUUUCAAGCUUGUAGAAUCACUUGUAUCAACAGCCAUAUCUUUUCAAGCUCUAUUGAAAAGCCUAUCUGCUUCAAAGAAAAAAUCGACUCAUAGUCAGGGGCGUUUAACAAAAUCUUCUGGGAAAGGGACUCAUUUUUUGAAAUUCAAUCUUGAAAGGUGUUCAGUACAUGUAUGGGGUGAGACAGGUUUGGAAAAUACAAUUGUUCCAGACCCCAAGCGAGUUAAUUACGGCUCACAGGGGGGUAGAGUUAUGCUAAAUGUGUCAGCAGAUGGUACCCCACGCAAUGCAAAUAUAAUGUCCACUAUUUCCGAUGAAUACCAGAAGCUGAAGUACUCUGUCUCUCUUGAAAUAUUUCAAUUUAGUUUGUGUGUGAACAAAGAGAAACAGUCCACACAGAUGGAACUUGAAAGAGCCAGAUCUGUCUAUCAGGAAUAUAUGGAGGAAAAUAGGCCAGUAACAAAUGUAGCAUUGUUUGAUAUGCAAAAUGCUAAAUUUGUACAGCGUUCAGGUGGGCUUAAAGACAUUGCUGUCUGUUCUCUUUUCAGUGCUACUGACAUUACUGUAAGGUGGGAGCCUGAUGUACAUCUAUCACUAGUUGAACUUGUUCUCCAGCUGAAGUUACUUGUACACAACAGCAAGCUUCAGGAGCAUGGUAAUGAACACAUGGUAGAUGUGUCUCAUGUGCAAGAUGCUAAUUGGAAAAAAGAAGUUACCAUUGAAUCAGGGCACCUUGAAAAGCCGAAGAAGAAAGAAUCUAUUUUUGCCGUUGAUGUAGAAAUGUUAAGUAUUUCGGCUGGGCUAGGUGAUGGAGUUGAUGCUAUGGUUCAGGUUCAGUCAAUUUUCUCUGAGAAUGCUCGGAUAGGAGUGCUCCUUGAAGGACUUAUGCUUAGUUUUAAUGGAGCUAGAAUCUUCAAGAGUAGUCGGAUGCAAAUUUCACGAAUUCCUAGUGUUUCUGCAAGUACAUCUGAUACAAAAGGACAUGCAGUUACAACAUGGGAUUGGGUUGUCCAGGGUCUUGAUUUUCACAUUUGCAUGCCAUACAGAUUGCAAUUGCGCGCCAUUGAUGAUGUCAUUGAGGAUAUGUUGCGAGGUUUGAAGCUCAUAAUUGCUGCCAAGACAAGUUUGAUUUUUCCUGUGAAGAAAGAGAGCUCUAAAGUUAAGAAACCUAGUACAGUACAAUUUGGAUGCAUAAAAUUUUGCAUACGCAAGCUAACUGCUGAUAUUGAAGAGGAACCAAUCCAGGGAUGGCUUGAUGAACAUUAUCAGCUGCUGAAGAAGGAGGCUGCUGAGUUAGCUGCACGGUUGAACUUUCUAGAUGAAUUUAUAUCGAAGGCGAAGCAAGGUUCCAAAUCAACUGACACUGUUAGUUCUUCUCAAGAAAGAAAAUUUUCUUUUAAUAAUGUUGAGGUUGAUGUAAAAGAUUCUUCUACUAUUGAAUCCAUGAGAGAAGAUAUUUAUAAACGAUCAUUUCGAUCAUAUUACCAGGCAUGCCAGAAUCUAGUGUUGUCUGAAGGGUCUGGUGCUUGUGUAGAAGAUUUUCAAGCUGGUUUCAGACCUAGUACUUCAAGGACAUCUCUUCUUUCAAUAUCUGCAUUAGAUUUAGAUGUAAGCUUGAAAAAAAUUGAUGGCGGAGAUUUUGGGAUGAUUGAGGUUCUGAAGAAGCUUGAUCCUGUCUGUCUUGAAAAUGAUAUACCAUUUUCCCGACUGUAUGGGUCAAAUAUUCUCUUAAAUACAGGUUCUCUUGUAGUCCAGCUUCGGGAUUACUCAUUUCCUCUUUUCUCUGGAAGUUCUGGUAAAUGUGAAGGCUGUCUUGUAUUGGCUCAGCAGGCAACCAGCUUUCAGCCUCAAAUGUAUCAAGAUGUCUAUGUUGGGAGAUGGAGAAAGGUUCGCAUGCUUCGAUCAGCUAGUGGUACUACUCCACCAUUGAAGACAUACUCGGAUUUGCCGAUACAUUUUCAGAAAGGCGAGGUGUCAUAUGGAGUGGGUUAUGAACCCGCUUUUGCUGAUAUUAGUUAUGCUUUCACUGUAGCACUUCGGAGGGCUAAUCUAAGUGUUAGGAAUCCUGGUCCACUUAUUCUGCCUCCAAAAAAGGAGCGGAGUUUGCCAUGGUGGGAUGACAUGAGAAAUUACAUCCAUGGAAAAAUUUCCUUACUCUUUUCUGAAUCAAAAUGGAAUGUUUUAGCAAGUACAGAUCCUUAUGAAAAGGUUGACAAACUUCAAAUUGUGACCAACUCUAUGGAUCUUCACCAGUCUGAUGGUCGUGUUUUAGUUUCCGCCAAAGAUUUUAAGAUUUUGUUGAGUAGUUUGGAGAGUUUGGCAAACAGACACGGUUUUAAAAUUCCAACAGGUGUAUCAGGUGCAUUCCUGGAAGCUCCUGUCUUCACUCUUGAAGUUACAAUGGACUGGGAUUGUGAAUCUGGAGAUCCUAUGAAUCAUUAUUUAUUUGCACUUCCAGUUGAGGGCAAACCACGUGAUAAAGUAUUUGAUCCCUUCAGAUCCACAUCACUUUCCCUUUGGUGGAAUUUCUCUCUUAGACCCUUUCCUCCUCCAUCACAAAAGCAGUCCUCGUCUUCCAUUACUAGAAGAGAUAUUGAAGGAGAUGCUACUGCAUUUGAUCCUUCUCACAUAUCCCAUAAUGUUUCACCCGUGUCCCCAACAUUUAACUUUGGAGCUCAUGAUCUAGCAUGGAUUCUGAAAUUCUGGAGCUUGAACUACAUUCCUCCGCAUAAGCUGCGCAGCUUCUCUCGUUGGCCACAUUUUGGUAUUCCAAGAGUUGCCAGGUCAGGCAAUCUUUCACUGGAUAAAGUGAUGACUGAAUUUAUGCUCCGCCUUGAUGCCACACCGGCUUGUAUAAAGAAUAUGCCUCUAGAUGACGAUGAUCCAGCCAGAGGACUGACCUUCGCAAUGACAAAACUUAAAUAUGAACUGUGUUACAGUAGGGGCAAGCAAAAGUAUACUUUUGAAAGUAAGCGUGACAUUCUUGAUCUUGUUUACCAAGGUCUUGAUCUUCAUAUGAUCAAGGCUUUCCUAAAUAAAAAAGAAUGUGCUAGUGUUGCCAAAGUAGUUAACAUGAUACUGAAAAGUUCACAAUCUCUAUCCAUGGACAAAGUCUCCUGCAAAAAGGGUUACAUGACCGAGAAAAAUUGUGAUGAUGGAUUUCUGUUAUCCUCUGAUUAUUUCACCAUCAGAAGACAAUCUCCAAAGGCUGAUCCUGCUAGGUUACUAGCAUGGCAAGAAGCAGGAAGAAGAACUAUUGAGAUGGCAUAUGUACGGUCUGAGUAUGAUAAUGGGAGUGAAACUGAUGACCAUAUGCGGUCUGACCCAAGUGAUGACGAAGGUUACAAUGUGGUAGUAGCAGAUGAUUGUCAGAGUGUGUUUGUCUAUGGUCUCAAGCUUUUGUGGACUAUUGGAAACAGAGAUGCUGUUUGGGCUUGGGUUGGUGGCCUGUCCAAAGCCUUUGAACCUCCCAAGCCUUCUCCUUCUCAACAGUAUGCACAGAGAAAAUUACUUGAGGAAAAAAAACUCCGUGAUGGAGCUGAUUUCCAUCAAGACGAUGUUUCUAAGUGCCCUCCCACUGGUAAAAUUUCCAAGUCUCCUUCUCUUCAACAGUUAAGUACUCCUGGAUCAGUCUCAUCUUCACCAAAUUCAGUUAAAGUGGACAACUUGCCAUCUGUCAAAAAAGAAAACAUGGAUGGUUCUGGUGGGACUCGACGUUUGAUGGUGAAUGUUAUUGAGCCACAGUUUAAUCUUCACUCUGAGGAUGCAAAUGGUAGAUUUUUGCUUGCUGCUGUAAGUGGCCGAGUUUUAGCCCGGUCAUUUCAUUCAAUCCUUCAUGUUGGUUAUGAGAUGAUUGAGCAAGUACUUGCUACUAAAGAUGUACAAAUUAACGAAUACCAACCUGAAAUGACAUGGAAAAGAAUGGAAUUCUCUGUUAUGUUGGAGGAUGUGCAGGCUCAUGUUGCACCAACAGAUGUUGAUCCAGGAGCUGGAUUGCAGUGGCUUCCAAAAAUUCUCAAAAGCUCUCCAAAAAUAUUGCGUACAGGUGCUCUUCUUGAAAGAGUUUUUAUGCCUUGUGAUAUGUACUUUCGGUAUACAAGGCACAAAGGGGGCACUCCAGAACUGAAGGUGAAGCCCUUGAAGGAGCUCAAAUUCAAUUGUGAUGAUAUAACGGCGACAAUGACAUCACGCCAGUUUCAGGUCAUGCUGGAUGUAUUGACCAAUCUUUUAUUUGCACGCCUGCCAAAGCCUCGAAAAAGUAGCUUAUCCUUUCCUGUUGAAGAUGAUGAAGAUGUUGAAGAGGAAGCAGAUGAAGUGGUACCUGAUGGUGUCGAAGAGGUGGAACUUGCAAAAAUCAACCUUGAAAAAAGAGAGAGGGAACAAAGGUUGCUUCUUGAUGAUAUUCGAAAAUUGUCUCUUUGGUGUGACCCUUCUAUGGAUCCACAUCAAGAAAAGGAAAGUGACUUAUGGAUGAUAUCUGGUGGGAGAUCUUUGUUGGUCCAGGGACUGAAGAGAGAGCUUGUAAUUGCUCAAAUAUCUAGAAAGGCAGCAUCUGCGUCAUUAAGGACGGCUCUUCAAAAAGCUGCGCAACUACGGCUAACAGAAAAGGAGAAGAACAAAAGUCCUUCCUAUGCUAUGCGCAUAUCUUUGCAAAUUAACAGAGUUGCUUGGAGUAUGCUUGUUGAUGGUAAAUCCUUUGCUGAAGCUGAGAUUAAUGACAUGAUAUAUGACUUUGACCGGGAUUACAAGGAUGUCGGCAUUGCUCGGUUUACAACAAAAUAUUUUGUUGUCAGAAACUGCCUGCCUAAUGUCAAGUCAGAUAUGCUUUUGUCAGCAUGGAAUCCUCCAUCCGAAUGGGGAAAAAAAGUGAUGCUUCGAGUGGAUGCACGACAAGGAGCUCCAAAGGAUGGGAAUUCUCCCCUUGAACUUUUUGAGAUAGAGAUUUAUCCCCUUAAGAUCCAUUUAACAGAGACGAUGUACAGAAUGAUGUGGGAAUAUUUCUUCCCAGAAGAAGAACAAGAUUCCCAACGUCGUCAGGAGGUUUGGAAGGUUUCAACCACUGCUGGUGCAAGGCGUGUAAAGAAAGGUUCAUCAGUUCUUGAAGCUUCUGCUUCAAACAGUCACACAACAAAAGAGUCUGAGGCUUCAUCCAAAUCUGGCAUAUCUGCAAUGCUAUUUCCCACAUCAAGUCAGCCUCCAGCCCAUGUUGACUCAGCUCAAGCAUCCAAAACACAAAAUGUCAAAGCAAACCCUGGCAAUGGUGCAACCCCCGAGUUGAGAAGGACAUCAUCUUUUGACAGAACUUGGGAAGAGACUGUGGCAGAAUCUGUAGCUAAUGAACUUGUGCUACAAAGCUUUUCUUCCUCAAAAAAUGGCCAAUUUGGUUCUACUGAGCAACAAGAUGAAGCUGCUAAGAAUAAUUCAAAAGGUGUGAAAGGUGGUCGCUCAUCUCAUGAAGAAAAAAAGGUGGCUAAAUCACAUGAAGAGAAGAGAUCUAGGCCACGGAAGAUGAUGGAGUUUCACAACAUCAAAAUUAGUCAGGUUGAGUUAUUGGUUACAUAUGAAGGGCAGAGAUUUGUUGUAAAUGAUCUCAAAUUACUGAUGGAUCAAUUUCAUCGAACCGAGUUUACUGGAACUUGGCGAAGACUCUUCUCGCGAGUUAAGAAGCACAUCAUCUGGGGAGUCCUAAAGUCUGUAACUGGAAUGCAGGGUCGGAAAUUUAAUAGACCCACUGGUGCUGGUGUUCCUGAAAUUGAUCUUAUUUUAAGUGACAAUGAAGGCCAGGCAGGAAAAUCUGAUCAAUAUCCACCAUCUUGGCCUAAGCGUCCAAGUGAUGGUGCAGGUGAUGGAUUUGUAACAUCCAUUAGAGGACUGUUCAGUACUCAACGCCGCAAGGCAAAGGCAUUUGUGCUCCGAACUAUGAGGGGAGAAGCAGAGAAUGAUUUUCAAGGUGAUUGGAGUGAAAGUGAUAUGGAUUUCUCUCCUUUUGCUCGGCAGCUCACGAUUACAAGAGCUAAAAAGCUUAUUAGGAGGCACACUAAGAAGUUCCGUUCCAGAGGACAGAAAGGUUCUACUUCACAACAGAGAGAAUCGCUACCAUCAUCACCACGAGAGACAACUCCAUUUGACAGUGAUUCUUCAAGUGGAUCCUCACCAUAUGAAGAUUUUCAUGAAUAGAAAUAUUAAUCAUCUAAAGGAUUUCUUACUUUUCAGCUGAGCAUGAUGCAUAUCUCAUCUAGUUCUUAAAUACUCUAAAGGAAGGGGCUCGGUUGAAAGCUAUAUACAUCUUGAACAGAGGGGCACUUGGAAUGGAAAGAGAACUUGGGACUAUGCAUGCAUGCUUGCAUGGUUGAUGUUGAUUGCUAUUCAUUGUGUAUUUUCUGUUGCAACCUAAGUCAUCGGUGAAAAAGAGCCUUGCUUGCUUUCAUCUCACAUCUAACAUCUUCUACGCAACAUCGAUCGGACAUCUAACAUUUGUAUUCCUUGACAACUUCAGUCAUCGAUGAAGAGCCUUGCGUUCAUCUCAUACGUGUGUUUUCGGGUUGUAUAUUCCUGUAGCUUCUGGUCAAUGUUCAAUUUUUGGCUUCUUAAUUUAAUUAGAAAAUAGUAGAAAAUAGGAGCCUAGAGGUUGACAUGAUUAUGUAUAUACAUUUGAUUAUAUUUUGGAAAAUAGAAUAAAAGCAAUAUCUUCUUUCGCACAGAGAGAUUAUUCUAAA